UUUCGUAAAAGUUGAAGAGAUAAUGUGGGCUUUUUCUUUUCAAUUGAAAUUCUUCGGCCUCGAAAAUGAGGCCUUACAAAGUUGUACAGCGCCGGCCUGGCCCUUGGGCCUUUGCGCUGCGGGCCGCCGACCUGCCUUUUUGUUCUACCCUUCGGCCAUUCCCCCCGCAUACGCUCUCUCGUGUCCCGUGCCGCCGCUCGAGUGCGCUCUCUGUGUCUACUCUGGUGGCGACGACUGGGGGUCGGGGGACCGCCGCCACCGCCGUACGCCAGGUGCCCAGGUCCCCAUCUUCGGGCCCUUCGCCAGUUCGCCGGCGACGAUCAUCCACCAGUUCUGGAUCCAGAUGUUAGUUGCAGAGGUGCUCAGAGCUGGAGCGUACAUCUCUAUGUUUUCUCGACGUGCAUGCAAAGUUGCAAGAUUUUCCAGCGCUGCUUGCUCACCCAUUUCUCAAUUUAGAAAACCUCAAUUUCUGGAUCUCAGAACCAAAUCACGACCAUACCACUUUAUUCAGCCCCGACUGAUUGCAAUGGCUGCAGCUCCGGCCAAUGGUGAUUCACAGAGUGGUCCUCAGAGGAACUACCAGGUUGUUGUUGCUGCCACUCGUGACAUGGGCAUUGGGAAGGAUGGGGUUCUGCCAUGGAAGCUUCUUGGUGAUCUUAAAUUCUUCAAAGAGCUUACACUAACUACAUCUGAUCCUGCCAAGAAGAAUGCAGUUAUAAUGGGAAGGAAAACAUGGGAGAGCAUUCCUGUUAAGUCAAGGCCAUUGCCUGGUCGUUUGAAUGUCAUACUUACUCGAUCUGGUAGCUUUGAUUUUGCAACAGUAGAGAAUGUUGUUAUAUGUGGAAGUAUGAAUUCUGCCUUAGAACUGCUAGCAUCAACUCCAUACUGCUUAUCAAUUGAGAAAGUUUUUGUUGUAGGAGGUGGGCAGGUACUGAGAGAAUAUCUUAAUGGACCUGCUUGUGAGGCUAUCCAUCUAACUGACAUUCAGUCGAGCAUUGAGUGUGACACUUUCAUCCCUCCAGUUGACUUCUCAGUGUUCCAGCCAUGGUAUUCAUCUUUCCCAGUGGUAGAGAGCAACAUUAGGCAUUCUUUUGUGACUUUUGUUCGUGUUAGAAAGUCAGUGGCAGAAACUCAUGAGUCAAAUGGCAAGGAAUCAACUGAGGUUGAUACCAAGAAUGACAAAUUUGAAAUAGAGAAUUUCUCUUUUCUCCCCGAGAUGGUAUAUGACCGCCAUGAGGAGUAUCAAUAUCUCAAUCUUGUUGAAGAUAUUAUAAGAUCUGGUGCUCAGAAAAAUGACAGGACAGGAACUGGAACAAUGUCAAAAUUUGGAUGUCAGAUGCGGUUCAACUUAAGGAAAAAUUUUCCUCUGCUGACAACAAAGAGGGUAUUUUGGCGUGGUGUUGUCGAAGAACUCCUUUGGUUCAUCAGUGGCUCAACAAAUGCAAAGGUUUUGCAAGAGAAGGGUAUUCACAUCUGGGAUGGCAAUGCUUCAAGAGAGUAUCUUGACAGUGUUGGCUUGGCACACAGGGAGGAAGGUGAUCUAGGUCCAGUUUAUGGAUUUCAAUGGCGUCACUUUGGUGCUGAAUACACUGACAUGCAUGCUGACUAUACUGGAAAAGGUUUUGAUCAGCUAAUGGAUGUGAUUGACAAGAUCAAGAAUAAUCCUGAUGACCGCCGAAUAAUUAUGUCUGCGUGGAAUCCUUCAGAUCUCAAGAAGAUGGCUCUUCCUCCUUGCCACAUGUUUGCACAAUUUUAUGUUGAAAAUGGGGAGCUAUCCUGCCAGAUGUAUCAACGCUCUGCAGACAUGGGGCUUGGUGUUCCAUUCAACAUCGCAUCAUAUUCUCUUCUGACAUACAUGAUCGCUCAAGUUUGUGAUCUUUCUCCUGGAGAUUUUGUCCAUGUUAUAGGGGAUGCUCAUGUCUAUAGAACUCAUGUUCGAGCUCUGGAGGAGCAAAUUCAGAAGAUGCCUAAACCAUUUCCAAUUUUGAAGAUAAAUCCUUCAAAAAAGGAUAUAGAUUCUUUCAUGGCAUCAGACUUCAAGCUGGUUGGCUAUGAUCCUCACCAGAAGAUAGAGAUGAAAAUGGCAGUGUAAUGGUGACUUAGCUGGAGCCCCAGCCUUUGGACUCGGUGGGUGAAAUCAGUCAGACUGGGUACUACAUAAAAAUUAACCGGACAUCGCACUAGCUUGUUUUUGGUGAUGGUGCUGGAUGUUCCGUGGGAGACGUUUCUCCCCUUAUUAGUUGCGAUUGCAUACUAUGGUCGCUUAAAUGAACUCUACAAAACCGGCUCCCUUUUAUCUGGAGCGAGUUGAUGACUCAAUUGCGAGCAAGAGAUGAUCUGGGCAUCAUACCCUGUUGCAAGGGCCUACUGGUGUGUGUGCCCCCGUGAGGCUGUGACGUUUGUGCUACUGCCCCUUGAGAACCAUGUAACCGAAAUUGCUGUUGUGUACCUGGUAGAGCUCCGUACUGUUUGGUAUCUGGUUGCCUUAAUGCGUGCCCUGAUUAUUUCAGUUUCCAGUUUGGACGCAAGAUAACGACUUGAUUGUAGGUUUUUAAGAAACA